AUGCCCAAGGAGUCUGAGAACAUGCGCAAGGCUCCCCGGGAUCACGUAGGAUCCCUACAGGCACCCCUUUUCAACCCGGCCGACAAAUACCAGAGCAAGGCCGACAACCUCCAUCGCUACGGAGCUUGGUUGAUGGGCUGCAUCCCCAAAUACAUCCAGCAGUUCUCCGUGUGGAAGGACGAGCUCACCAUAUACAUCUCGCCGUCUGGCGUCCUCCCAGUCUUUGCUUUCCUCAAGUACAACACGGCGGCCGAGUUCACUCAGGUCAGCGCCAUCACCGCAGCCGACUACCCGACGAGGGAGAACCGCUUUGAGGUCGUCUACAACCUGCUUUCUAUCCGCCACAACUCCCGCAUCCGAGUCAAGACAUAUGCCGACGAAGCAUCCCCCGUGCCGAGCAUCACAAGCCUCUUUGACGGCGCCAACUGGUACGAGCGUGAGGUCUACGACCUCUUCGGUGUCUUCUUUGCUGGCCACCCCGACCUGCGACGAAUUAUGACAGACUACGGUUUCGAGGGCCACCCGCUGCGCAAGGACUUCCCCUUGACCGGCUACACCGAGGUCCGCUACGACGAGGAGAAGAAGCGCAUCGUCACGGAGCCGCUCGAGCUCACCCAAGCGUUCCGCAACUUUGAAGGUGGAUCUAGUGCUUGGGAACAGGUCGGGCCGGGUCAAGACCGCACGCCCGAAUCGUUCAAGCUGCCGACGCCCAAGCCCGAAGAAAGGAAGGAAGAGCCUAAAAAAUAG